AUGCAAUUUCGGACUGGCAUAAUUUUAUUGGCCACGACCAUUUCGGUCGGGUCACUCGAUGGCUCGACUGAAACCGUUUGCAUCGAGUCACCACCACCCGCUGUAGACGGUGAAUCGAUCUUUGCGUCGAGGCAGCGGAAGUACCAAUCCGAUAUCGGAUGCGCAUCACCCGCAAAAGCAGCCGUCUGCAUCGCCGGGUUCGAUAUUGAACUACGUGUACCGCCUGGACGCAGAAAUCACUGCGACUUGUCAACGUGCACGAUUUUUCAGGGCGGACAGCUCGUCGAAAACUCGGUACAUUGCGAUCGAUUGGGUGGAUUGCCGUGA